UUGCCAACAUGGCGGCGCCCAUAGUGACUGGCUGUGUCCUGCUCGUGUAGUGCUUGGGGAACGAGGCAGAAGGUAGCAGCUGGCCAGAGCCUGUGCGCAGAAAGCCCCUACUGGGGCUCAGGAAGACAAGAGACAGGCCCCGCUUAGCCCCAGGAGCUGAAGGGUCUUCUCUCCUGAAGAAUGGCUUCCACAUGUCAGAGGCUGAGUUUCUAUGUCUCUCCUCUGAAAAGGCAGCUAGUUAGUGGGCCACCUGUCAUCCUGUGGGAAAGACUACUUCCAGGGUGUUCCAGAAGUAUCUACAGUGCCACCGGGAAGUGGACGAAGGAGUACACGCUGCAGACAAGGAAGGAUGUGGAGAAGUGGUGGCACCAACAGAUAAAGGAACAAAUGUCCAGAGUCUCAGAAGAAGAUAAAUUAAAGCCCAAAUUCUACUUGCUCUCCAUGUUCCCAUACCCUUCUGGCAAACUGCACAUGGGCCAUGUCCGUGUCUACACCCUCAGCGACACCAUUGCACGGUUCCAGAAAAUGAGAGGCAUGCAGGUUAUCAAUCCCAUGGGGUGGGAUGCGUUUGGAUUGCCUGCAGAAAAUGCUGCCAUAGAGAGGAAUUUGCACCCCGAAAGCUGGACCCAAAGCAAUAUUAAACACAUGAGGAAGCAGCUCGACCGCCUCGGCCUGUGCUUCAGCUGGGACAGGGAAAUCACUACAUGUUUGCCAGAUUACUACAAAUGGACUCAAUACCUGUUUAUCAAACUCUAUGAAGCUGGACUGGCCUAUCAAAAGGAGGCCUUGGUUAACUGGGAUCCAGUGGAUCAAACAGUGCUAGCCAAUGAACAGGUGAAUGAAUAUGGCUGUUCAUGGCGUUCUGGAGCCAAGGUAGAGAAGAAAUACCUCCGACAGUGGUUCAUUAAGACAACUGCUUAUGCAAAGGCCAUGCAGGAUGCGUUGGCAGACCUCCCAGAGUGGUAUGGAAUCAAAGGCAUGCAGGCCCACUGGAUUGGGGACUGUGUAGGCUGUCACCUGGACUUCACAUUAAAGGUUGAUGGAGAAGACACAGGAGAGAAAUUGACAGCAUACACAGCCACCCCUGAGGCCAUCUAUGGCAUCUCCCACGUGGCCAUCUCUCCUAGCCACGGGCUUCUACAUGGCUGCAGCUCUGUGAAGAAAGCCUUGCAGAAGGCACUAGUCCCUGGCAGAGAUUGCCUCACACCAGUGAUGGCUGUGAGCAUGCUCACCCUGCAGGAGGUCCCCAUCGUUAUCAUGGCUAACCCUGACUUGGAAGGCUCUCUAGAUUCAAAAAUAGGAAUCCCCAGCACCAGCUCAGAGGACACCAGACUGGCCCAAGCUCUGGGCCUACCCUACUCUGAGGUCAUUGAAGCUUCACUAGAUGGCACAGAGAGACUGAGUGGAUCUGCUGAGUUUACAGGUAUGACCCGGCAGGAUGCCUUUGUAGCCCUGACUCGGAAAGCCCGUGGGAUGAGAGUGGGUGGACAUGUGACAAGUAACAAGCUGAAGGACUGGCUGAUCUCACGGCAGCGCUACUGGGGCACGCCGAUCCCCAUUGUCCACUGCCCAGCCUGUGGCCCUGUGCCUGUGCCACUGCAAGACUUGCCUGUGACUUUGCCCAGCAUUGCGUCUUUAACGGGCAGAGGAGGCUCCCCGCUGGCCUCGGCUUUGGAGUGGGUGAACUGCUCCUGCCCAAGGUGCAAGGGAUCAGCAAAGAGAGAGACGGACACCAUGGACACCUUUGUGGAUUCUGCGUGGUACUACCUCAGAUACACUGACCCUCAUAAUACUCACAGUCCUUUCGGCUCGGCACUGGCAGACUUCUGGAUGCCCGUGGAUCUGUACAUCGGAGGAAAGGAACAUGCUGUCAUGCACUUGUUCUAUGCACGAUUCCUCAGUCAUUUUUGCCACGACCAAAAGAUGGUGAAGCACAGGGAACCUUUCCAUAAACUACUGGCCCAAGGCCUCAUUAAGGGACAGACAUUCCGCCUUCCAUCUGGACAGUGUCUGAAGAGGGAGGAUAUAGAUUUCACAGGUCCUGCUCCUGUUUGUGCAAAAACAAAAGAGAAGUUAGAGGUGACGUGGGAGAAGAUGAGCAAGUCCAAACACAAUGGGGUGGACCCUGAGGAGAUUGUGGCCCAGUAUGGAAUUGACACAAUCCGGCUCUACAUCCUCUUUGCAGCCCCUCCUGAGAAGGACAUCUUGUGGGAUGUAAAGACUGACGCACUCCCUGGAGUGCUAAGAUGGCAACAGCGGUUGUGGUCCCUGACAACAAGAUUCAUCGAGGCAAGGACUUCCGGGACAGUCCCUCAGCCUCAGCUGCUGAACAGCAAGGAGAAAACCAAGGCCCAAAACCUCUGGGAGUACAAAAAUGCAGUCAUAGCUCAGGUGACUACUCAUUUCACAGAGGACUUUGCCCUGAAUUCUGUAGUUUCUCAGCUGAUGGGACUCAGCAGUGCCCUCUCGCAAGCCUCUCAGAGAGUGGUUCUCCACAGCCCUGAGUUUGAGGAUGCUCUGUGUGCCCUGCUGGUGAUGGCUGCCCCCCUGGCCCCUCAUGUAACCUCAGAACUCUGGGCAGGCCUGACACUGGUACCAAGCAAGCUCUGUGACCAUUAUGCCUGGGAUGCUGGUGUGAUGCUUCAGGCCUGGCCCACUGUGGACUCACAGUUCCUUCAGAAACCUGACAUGGUGCAGAUGGCUGUUCUGAUCAACAACAAGGCCUGUGGCAAGAUCCCUGUACCCCAGUAUGUUGCCCAGGACCAGGACAAAGUCCAUGAACUUGUUCUCCAGAGCGAGCUAGGCAUGAAGCUGCUGCAGGGGAGAAGCAUCAGGAAGGCCUUCCUCUCCCCCAGGACUGCCCUCAUCAACUUCUUGGUGCAGGAGUGACCAGGGCUUCCAGGACCCUCCUUCUCUGUCCAGAUCAAGGGAAGGAGUGUUAACGUGGAAAAAAAGGCAAAUGUCAGGGACAUUGGCCUUUGUGCCAGGACCAACUGGAGUCAGCAGGAGGCUUGUGUGCUGAAGUCUGGACCUAGAUGAGAAUGUAUGGUGCGCAAAGAGGAACUAGGGGAGAAGAUUCAUUCAGUUGUCCCAUACCCCUCCACUCCCACUCAGGGUAUGAAGCUACCAGAGAUGCUGCCGGGUUGGGACAAGAAGUAGAAAAGGAGCAGGCAAGGCUAACAAGCAGCCAGGAGCUUUUGCACCAACAAUGGUGCUGUCUCUGUACUUCUCAGGAGUCAUGCAGACUACGGAGCCACUUAGGCUUGGGAUCUGCACAAUAGUCAGGCGUACAGAUGGUGGUAGCUGGGCUUUUGGCUUACAGGACAGAUAAAACUGUUCAACUGUGGAACUAAGCAUGAACACCAGCAUCUCUACAAAUUGUUCUGCAUAUGUCUCCAGCACCUUUCAACUGUGUCACACAGGUCUCUUCCACUCCAGCAGGGAGGCCUGUUCUGAGUUUAAUGUAUGCUCUGGGAUAGGGCAGACUGCAUCAUAGCCACAGUUUCAACAUGCAGAGUGUGCUCUGUGGUGAGUGGAACCUUGUUCUAAGUUGUUGAUCCUCACCAGAGCCCCAUCAUAGCCCCCUGAGGGGUUUGAACCCCAGGUGGCUCACAUGGGCCCCUAGAUAGUGACACCACUGUCAUCCAUUUGGCUCCCCAGAGUGUCACUAGCAAAAGCAAGUUCAUCAGAGAAGAACAGAACUGUUGCUUCCUGGGUGUCACCUCCUGUGUGAGAGACAGAUAAAUCAUAGCAGGUGUGUACCCAGACUACCAGUAAAUGAGGAAAAGCUGACUUUAUGUGGGUCAUCAGUAAAAUGCUAUUACAGACAUGGCCUGAGCAAGGGUUUAAUACUAAGUUGUGGAAGAACUGAGAAGAAAUUAGACAUCUCAGGAUGGCUGAAGCUCUGUAUCUGUAAUUUGAAAUCACCCAAAAGUGGCUGUAAUGUCGUCUGCCUUCAGAUGCCUUUAAAUGUCAUAAACAUAUCACUGUAAAUGUAACUUUUAUUCUCCUGAAGUGAUUGUCCUCUCAGAGGCUCACUGCCUCAGUCUGCUAAC